CGCGGAUCAACAAAAAAAAAGUGCUUCCAGCUUCCUGGUGCACACCGGUGGGCCCCGGAGGGGCCCGCGGUCGGGCUCGGCGCGAGGCCGCUGCCGGCCGGCGCCGCCCAUGGCCCGUCGUCGCCUGGCGGGACGGCCUGCCGGCCCACGCUUUCGGGCAGGCCCUGGGGAAGUUCUUCGGCGACUUCAACCCCCAGUCGGAGGAGGAGGAAGAGGCCGUGGACGAUGACCCAGAGCACCCGCUGCGGCACUUUCUGCUGGACGCCUUCGAGGCGGCAGCGGACGCCGCGGGCCGGCAGGAGAAGAUCGAGCUGCGGGACACCUGCUUCCCGAAGGAGGUCACGGACGAGUUCGUCAAGGAAUUGUCUGAGGCCAUAGGCUUGAUACUGGAGAGACGGAAGCGCACGAUGCAGCAGGGCCUGAAGGGCCUCGCGGACGCCACGGAGAAGCUGCUCAAGGAGGCGCCCACGCCGUGCAUCUGGAGCGCGGGGGCCAAGACGAUCUGGCUGGCCGCGAAGAAGCUUCGUGCGCUCACGCGGAGGACGGUGGUGGACUACGGCACCUACAUCAAGUACGAGGCGCUCAAGUCGCUCCGGGUGGCGGACGUGCCCAUCCACACCGAGCUCAACGCCUUCCUCGUCGCGUGGAAGCUUCACGGCCAGCAGGAGGCGGGCCGCCAGUUCGGCAAGCUGAUGCAGAAGCUGUCCACCGUCGCCGGGCACGACGAGCUGUAGGUCCCUGGGAGAGAUGCUCCGGCCCCCGCCGUGCCCAGCGCCUGGCCCUGCUCGCCGCCUCGCCGCACCAAUGCUCGGCCGCCUCGGCAUCCUUGAUCACGCCCUGGGCGUUGCACAGGCACAGGUCCUUCCAGCCCCUGGGACAUUGAGACCGCACCGGUCGAGCUCACGUCUUUGCUAUCCUGCAGCGGCCGCGGCCUCAGUGAGGGAAUUGUGCCCCUCAGAACCCUCGCUGCAGCGUCCUCAGCGAGGCGUCCUGGAUGCUCCGAUGGACGCCUGGCACAGGGCAAGGCGUCGAGCGCUCGGGCGGAACCGUGGCCUGGAUACGUCGAUCCGCUGGUAGCUGCGCUGCCGGACGCUUGCCCUUGGAGUGCCGGAAGUAUGCGCCUGUAUAGUCUGAACCGAAGCCAGGAGGCGUUUUCAGGGGUUGCCUGCAGCAGCCAGCGCCCUGCAGGAGGGCCAUGCACCCUGAGGGUGAGAUAGAGAUGGACACUCCU